AUGAUGUUAAAUCAAUCCUCAUUAUAUCAUCAUUUUCAACACUCAUCAAAGAAACGAACACAUAAGCUUUCUCAACAUUCGGAACGAUUAACGAAACGAUUGAAAUCAACAAAUGCAGCAAAGACAACACUUGAAUGUUUACCCAAUGAAUUAUUUUACCAGAUCUUUUCCUAUUUAACCGACCGAGAAUUGCUCGCUUCAUUCAAUUUCUUCCCAUUACAUCGUCGUUUCAACGAGUUGAUUCACAAUCGCACAUCAAUCAACCUUCAUUCAAUUCAACGCUCGCAGUUUAUUGAACAUUUCUAUGAAAAUGCAUCAAUCAUUCCGCAAAUUCUCCGUCAAAUUCGUUUAUUCAAUACAGAUGAAACGCCCGGUUUAAUCAACUUCUUCUUUGCAAUCUAUCCAUUGGAUUUAUUUUCCAAUUUAAAAAUCUUAGCUCUCGAUCAACCAGAACAAAAAGAUUUACUUAAAUUAAUGAAAUACUUUCCUCACCUCGAACAUCUAUCCAUUCGUCUUUCAACCGUAGUUCGAAUGCCAGCUAUGGUCUAUACAAAUCUUUAUUCGUCCAUUGGAAAUUCUUCGCUUAAAUCGUUAACUAUUCANACUUUAUUUAUUCUUCUCGUUGUUUUCAUUUGCUUAAGUAUCUUUUUAUCAAUUAUCAACGAUAAUUUUCGACUCGCGCGGGAAAAAGUCAUCGAAGAUCCGGAAGUAUUUUCAUACAUAACGAAGAAAUUUCUUCAAUGGACAGGAAUAAGAAAACGACCUGAAUCGGAAAUUCAAGAAGAAAAAGAUCAACAAAUGCGUGAAAAUUAUUUUUCUACAACCGAUACACUUCGAUUGCGAACAAAUCAAUUGGUCAAUCAAAUUAAUCGAAUGUAUUUUAAUCAACGAACAACAAAUGUCUAA